UGCGCGACGCAGAAGUUUUCCGCCGUGCAUCAGUAAGAGAUCUUGUUAGUUAGAGGGGGAACGCGAGGAGGCAGGUGAUAAGUAUAGGUCUGGAAGUGCGUCCAUACAUUUAAUUUCACCGUGUCGUGGAAAACAAAGAGAGUUUGCGUCUCAGAAACUAAACGCGUCUUCACUUGCAAAACUAUAGAAAGCCAUAUUGCAUGCUUGUUUUAUGGUGUUUUUAAAAAGGAUUUUCCACUCCCGGUUCCCCCACUUUGAAAACUAUUGGAUAUUGGACGAUUCGCACUUUGGCUUUUAGAGCUAGAAUGCUUAUGCUUAUUCAUUAAGCAUCAAGGAAUAAGGAGCGCUGUGUUUUUCAGAAUGGAGGAUGAAAAAACAACUUCACUUUUGGAAGGAAGCUACCCGUAUGGAUGUUUCAGCAGGUAGAACCAUUGGUUUAAGCGGUCGAAAAUCCUGGAAUUGUUUUUUUUUCUUCAUUUCCCCCAGCAAAAACCUUUAUUCAGGCUGUUUUUUGAGCAGUAUCUUUGCCGGACAUAAUAUAUCGUUUGCAGAACUGUCUGGGAACCAUAAGAAAAGAAAUCAAAAGAACGCAACUUAACAUUUUUAUUACCGAAAAAAUCAGCCGAGGGCAUUUUGUUGCUUGUGAAUGUUUUAUUUGUCAUUAAGCGUUUCCGCACAAUCACGCCCACGUUUGUUAGAAGCAGUAAUUAUUUAGAUUGCUCUUGGACAUUGUAAAUAGCCUCCGUACACAGCUGUGCUUUACGCAGGAAGAAGUGACUGGCAGUCCAUUUCGUGCCAAUUUAGCGACACCUAACCUGAAGCCAGAAGAUUUAUCGCGGCUACUAUCUGAGGAUCAGCCGCUUUUCUAUGCCUAAUCUUUUUACUCACUUUGGAUUGCAACUCUUUGGGCAGAAGGAGAAGAUCUGAACUAUACUCCCAGGUGUUUUAUAGGAAUUAAACCUCUGAUAAUCCUCUUUAAAACGUGGAUUAUACACUGAAAUAGUUGUCACGGACGUCCCUCAGAAUGCUGCUGCCACAGAGGCUGAACUACUUUGCAUUCUCCAGUGUAAUGGAUUCUAGACAUCAUGCGCUCGCUGUCGUCUUUUUGGCUUUCUUUAUGCAGGCUGUCGUGGAGGCUAGCUCUUGGUGGUCCCUAGCCAUGAAUCCUCUGCUGAUUCCAGAGGCUUACAUCAUAGGGGCUCAGCCGCUGUGCGGCCAGCUGGUCGGCCUCUCGCAGGGCCAGAAGAAGUUGUGCCAGCUGUACCAGGACCACAUGCAGUACAUCGGCGAGGGGGCCAAGACCGGCAUCAAAGAGUGCCAGUACCAGUUCAGGCAUCGGCGGUGGAACUGCAGCACAGUGGACAACUCCUCAGUCUUUGGCAGGGUCAUGCAGAUCGGUAGCCGCGAGACGGCCUUCACGUACGCCAUCAGCGCGGCCGGCGUCGUGAACGCGGUGAGCCGGGCCUGCAGGGAGGGGGACCUCUCGUCGUGCGGCUGCAGCAGGGCGGCCAGGCCCAAGGAUCUCCCCAGGGACUGGCUGUGGGGAGGCUGCGGAGACAACCUCAACUAUGGCUAUCGGUUCUCCAAGGAGUUUGUGGACGCCCGGGAGCGCGAGAAGACCUAUCAGAAGGGCUCUUACGAGAGUGCGCGGGUGUUUAUGAACCUGCACAACAACGAGGCCGGAAGGAGGACCGUAUCGGAUUUGGCCCACGUCUCCUGCAAGUGCCACGGCGUGUCGGGCUCCUGCAGCCUCAAGACGUGCUGGCUGCAGCUGGCCGACUUCCGGAAGGUGGGCGACGCGCUCAAGGAGAAGUACGACAGCGCCGCGUCCAUGAAGCUCAACCCACGGGGGAAGCUGGUCCAGGUGAACAGCAAGUUCAACGCGCCCACCAACCACGACCUGAUCUACAUCGACCAGAGCCCGGACUACUGCGUAAGCAACGAGAGCACCGGCUCGCUGGGGACCACGGGGAGGCUCUGCAACAAGACCUCUGAAGGCAUGGAUGGCUGCGAGCUCAUGUGUUGCGGCCGAGGCUACGACCAGUACAAGGCGCAGGUGGUGGAGAGAUGCCACUGCAAGUUUCACUGGUGCUGCUAUGUCAAAUGCAGGAGAUGCACAAAAACGGUGGACCAGUUUGUCUGCAAAUAAGUUCUAAGAGGAGAAAAAAAACUAUAUAAAUUAUAUUUAUAGAGUUAAACAAUUAUACUGUUGCAGAAGACUGACUUUUCUAGUAGUAGAUACGAAAAUCUAAUGUCUGCCAAAACUGUCAUUAAAUAUUUAUUUACAGAGAUUUUUUGUUUUGCAAAUGAAUUUUUAACACCGCAUAACUGCAUAAAAACAAUUACAUAGUUUGUUUUUAUUUUUUCCAUGCAUAUAUAGAUCAAAAUACGUGCGUAAAAUUAACGGAAACAAAAUGGAGCUUUGUCCUUUCUAGGUGUGUGCAUUCUGCAAAGUGAGGAGUUCUAGGUCUGCUUACUCCCAGUGUAGCUCCAGGCUAAACCUGUGACUUAAAUGUGUGACUCAUAGACGCCCCUGAAAUUUGCGGUGAGUCCCCCCCCCCUCCCCUCCCCCCAUCAGCUGUGGCCUAGUGACGAUGUCUCCACCGAACUGAAUUUUAAUUUUAAGGAUGUCCAAGCUUGUGGUAUGUUUCAUUUUUGGGGGAAGCUGUUUGCGGAGAUACUGUUGAAGUCCGCAGCGAGAGACGUGUUCACGUUUGUGAAGGCACUUUGACGUUAGAUGGCCUGAUGCAGAGAGCAUGCACCCAUUUCAUGGCCUGGCGGGUCUUUCCAGAAUAGGCUCUAAGUCUGCCUUGCCUCCUCCCAGGCGCUGUGUUUGCACUUUUAAAGUAAUAACUAGUUAGUUCCAUUUUUUUUAGAAGUACAUUUUCCAUAUUAACACAGGUAUCCAAUAAACAUAUAAGAUCGUACGUUAAAAUGUUUGAACAUAUACAGGCAACAUUUUGGUUUUAUCGGUUAAAUACCUUUUGUUCUGUAUAUACUAUGUGUAUACAACUAGUGACUAAAUUGUAUGUAUUUAUUUUCAGCUGUAAACCAUUUUUGGGCCCCUGUGUUUUUCCCUUCAGUUAUUUCAGGGAAGGUACGUGCAGGUGAGAGUGCACACACGUGGCAUCAAACAUGUUCUUCACGACUUCACAUCACCAUGUUCAAAGGCCAGUGUAGCAGGCGUGGGGAAGCGUUGCUCGAGUUUCUGCCCUGCUUAUCGGCAUGUAAAGGGAAUGCACCUUAAUCCUACUGUGCUACAUCCACACCCAUUCACUUUGAGCACCUCUCAUACCAUAUCUCCCAUGUGUUGCGGGUCAUGGAAACAGUCAUGCAUGAUACCUUCCAGCUAAACUCAUACUCCCAAGUAGACGAAUACUCCAGGUUACUCGUAUUCCCAGUAUUACGGUAACACCCGUACUGCGUUUUAUCAGCCCAUCUAUGUGUUUAUUUUAGCUUCUUUGGUAAUUGAAGCUUACUGAAAUGUUUGUUAUAGAUUUUUUUUUUCUUUUGGAGUAUUGUGCCUCUACAUUCAAUAAAUUUUAAACAAAACUCUGCAUAUUGGAGGUUAAAUUGCUCUAUAAGCUUUUUUGAUACAUUUUUUUCCAUUUUUAUUUAAGUAUCCGACUGGUUGCCCCUUCAUAGUCUUAAAAAAAAAAAAAAGUUUUAUAUUCAGCAAUUUGCCGGUAUUUAUAUAGGAGUGGGCUGUUCUUGUUUGUACAGAAAUGUUUAAAAGCAAGAUUUUGUGACUAUUUUUUUAUUCUUGCAUUCUAAACUAUGAAGUGUCUCCUCACUGCAGAUUCUGAUAUGUUGAUUUUUUUACAGUUUGUGAACCAAUCCACACUAACUAAAUAAAUAUACUGGAAAUCUUUA